GUAUACUUCCAAAUAAUGAGAGCUCAGCAUAACAGGCAUUUCCUCCUGCUGGCCACCACCGUUCCUCACGUCAACAAACAAGCGAUGCCAUCAGUUGCGCAACACUUGAAAAGCGCUGGAGCGCGCGACGCUGUUGACAGACGCUGCUCAGGAGGGCUGCGAUUGGUCCGUCGCGGUGGGUGUUUCCGCAUUCCGGGAAGAGCUUUCGUCAGGAGCGCAACACCCGAGAGAGGACCGCCGCGUCUCCGUGAAGAAGCGCCCUCGGUGAUCCCCGGAGGAGAAGUAGCGGCGCGUUGCCAGGGAGCAGGGAUGCCUUACAUGUUCGUCAGCACGCAGAUCCGACUGGAGACUGGUCCAACAAAUGUGGGGGAUGAAUAUUCGGAUCUUUCUGUCAUGAAUUACCUGGGAGCAAGGAAAACCACAAUGCUGGGGAACAAUUUCUCCGAGUACCAUGUGGACGACCCGCCUCGCCUGGUGCUGGACAAGCUGGAGAAGAUGGGCUUCCGCGUGCUGACGAUGACGGGCGUGGGACAGACGCUGGUGUGGUGCCUCCACAAGGAGACGGUGUGAUGGCGUAUCGAGCGUAUCGAAAUGCCUCGAGAAGCCAUGAACAGGACGAGUCAUGCUGAAGAAGUUUGACAGCUACAGAAUUGGCCCUUUGUCAAUUAAAAAUAAAGUCUUAAAAGUUCUCCCAGACGUAAAGUUUCAGAUUACCUUCCAUAGGUGACAGGUCACCAAUCUCAAGGAACUAUCAAACUACAUUCCAGAGCACUUCAUAAGGUCCUGACUUAGCCCUUCGUGUUUGCUGUUUACUCGCGGUGACGAGGUGGCAGUGUUGAGUGAAGUCCAGUUAAAAAGUUAAUAUAUUAGCCAGUAAAACGUAAAGGAAUGUCUCUAAAUUCAGCCUUAGCAAAAGAUGGCAUGCCAGAUAGACAUAUUUGUACGUAAUGCAACUCUGUAAAGAUGUUUUAGAAACUGCAUCAUAUGCGCAACAUUAAAUAAUCUAAUGACGUGGA